ACGAGAGAUGAACAGCAAUAAAAUAUACUUUUACUUGUGGUACUUUGAGUAUAUUUCGAUGCUAAUACUUUUGUACUUUUAUUUGAAAGUAACAUUUUGAAUGCAGGACUUUUACUUGUAACAGUAUUUCUACUCUAGUGUUACUACUUUUACUUCUUCCACUAUUGACAUUAUUCUACUAAAGUAUUUCUUGCAGUGUGGCGCCUCCGGUGGCCCUGGUUUUCCAAACAUCCCUCACUCUUCCUCUCUCUCUCACACACACACUUCCUCUCCAUCAGCCCUGUGCAGCAGCAGCAGCAGCAGCAGCGCAGCAGCAGCAGCAGCAGCAGCCUCUCCUCAGAGAUGGAGAGCUGGUAGAAGUGCAGCAGCAGCGGCCGCUCUCCCCUCCUCGCUCCGGUGCAUAUUGGAUGUACCAUGAGGUCUCCGCGGCUCUGGGCAGCUCUUUGCCUCCUCCUCACCACCUCCUGCCGGCUCUGCGCGGCAGCCCGACACGGUUGUUUGUUUGAAAAGAAACUGUGUCCGAGAGAUCAGCUGUGCAGCGAUGACGGUUUGUUCGGACAGUGCCAGGCUCUUCACCAGGAGCCCGUCCAGUACCAGGUGUCUGUACCCGUCCUGCACAAACUGCAGGAAGUCCUCAAAGACCUGAUGGUGCAAGGUCUGACCUGGAAGGACGACGUUACCCAGGCGAUCAUCGGCCGGGAGCUGAGCCGCGUUCCCACUGUCGGAUCCUCCAAACUUCACGAGACGUCGCCAAAAGUGUUGUCCAGACUGCCGGGCCCCGGGCAGCGGAGGGUCCAGGGGCCCGAGGAUCCGGCCGACCCUGAGAUGAUGCAGCAGUACGUGGACUACAUGAUCCUCGACCCCUCCCGAUCCUCCGUCCACAUGCAGACACCCCUGCUGGACCCUUACACCUACCACCAGCAGCAGUACGGCUACCAGGAGGAAGAGGAGCGCUCCCUCAACUCUCUGGACGAUAAUCCAUCCUUCCCGCUCCUCGCCUCCCCCUCUCGCUCCAGAUCCAGAGGAAACCCUCUGGACAGAGACCGGCAGCUUCUCCAAGACCUGCUGUCCUUUUACCUCAGCUCCCCUUCUUCCUCCUCUUCCUCCUCUUCCUCCCCUGUGCAGUCCCUCUCCCGCCACAGAGGGGCGGUAGCAGCAGCAGCAGGAUUUCCCUCUGCUCUAUCCUCCUCAUCCUCCUCCUCAUCCUCCUUCUUCCCGGAGCUGGACUUCCCGCUGGACUACGGCGAGGACUACGUUUCCCAGGUGGCUCAGCUCAGCAAGCAGCAGCAGCAGCAGGCGGAGAAGAAGGCGCAGGAAGAGUACGACGCGCUGUCAGGACUGGAUGAGCGCUCCCUGCAGAGGCUGGCUCUGCUGCUCGAUCACUACGGCCUGGACAUGAAGGAUUUGUCCCCCGAGCAGAGAGACAACCUGCCGGCCGCGCUGAAGCAUCUGCAGCUGGAGAGCUCCUACGCCCACAAACAGACCAAAGAUAAAUAUGGGAACAAUGCUGCCACAGGAAAGAAGGUCACAGAAGGGUCAAUGGCGUACAAGAUGGCCGCCGCCGAGGCUCCACCCUCCACCAACAAGCCCCCCAAACCACAAGGAGCCCAGAAAGAUUCGCCUCCCACUGUAGCAGCUAACCAGGACAAACCGAGGAAGGGUGAAGCAGCGGCGAAGGCGGAGGAGUUCGGCUACAUCGUCACCAACCAGAGCCCUCUCAGUAUGAACGACGGGGUGACACUGUUGGAGCUGCUGUCAGAGAGGACCGGUCUCUCCACCGGCUCCUUCAUCAACAUCAGUGUUGUCGGACCUGCGAUCACCUUCAGGAUCAAACCCAACUCCGAGAACCUGACGGCCGGCGAUGUGGCAGAGAAAGCCGUUGCAGAGAAGAACUUCCUGGAGUCUGAGACGGGCCUGAAGGUGCUGCAGAGCGGCGUUGGAGAGAGGAAUGAUGGGAAGGCGUUGCCCCUGGCGACCCGAGUGCAGCCCCACAGCUCCCGCUGGGUGUUCGCCACGCUGGUGGCCAUGGCGUGCAUCGGCAGCAUCCUGGUGGCGGCCAUGACCAUCGCCUGCCUGCGUCACCACGCCCACCGGCUGGCAGCCAAGAAGCUCGGCCUGGGACCGGAGGGGGGCAGUUUCACCCACCAGGAGUACCAGGACCUGUGUCGCCAGCACAUGGCCUCCAAAGGCGCCUUCGGACGCUUGGAAGCUGCUGCGCUCGGCGCCGUGGGGGGGAGAGCGGAGGGGGAGGAGGGUGCUGGCGUCGGAGCAGGGGCAGCCGGAGGCACCGACUCGAGGGUGAGCAGCGUGUCGUCCCAGUUCAGCGACGGAGCCCAGCCCAGUCCGAGCUCCCACAGCAGCACGCCGUCAUGGUGCGAGGAGCCGGCCCAGGCCAACAUGGACAUCUCCACCGGCCACAUGAUACUGGCCUACAUGGAGGACCACCUGAGGAACAAGGACCGUCUGAUGAAGGAGUGGGAGGCUCUGUGUUCCUACCAGGCCGAGCCCAGCGCCGUCUCUGUGGCGCAGAGCGACGCCAACGCCAAGAAGAACCGCUGCCCCGACUCUGUACCCUAUGACCACUCAAGGGUGAAGCUGAAGGCAGAGAUCAACCCUUCACGCUCCGACUACAUCAACGCCAGCACCAUAAUUGAGCACGACCCCCGGAUGCCGGCCUACAUCGCCACCCAAGGCCCCCUGUCACACACCAUCUCUGACUUCUGGCAGGUCAGUAACCAAUGGUGUUGGGAGAACGGCUGCACUGUGAUCGUGAUGAUGAGCGCUCUGGUGGAGGACGGAGAGAAACAGUGUGACCGCUACUGGCCUGACGAGGGCUCGUCCCUCUACCACAUCUACGAGGUGAACUUGGUGUCAGAGCACAUCUGGUGUAACGACUUCUUGGUGCGCAGCUUCUACCUGAAGAACGUGCAGACGCAGGAGACCAGGACGCUCACUCAGUUCCACUUCCUCAGCUGGCCGGCGCAGGGCAUCCCCACAUCCACACGCCCGCUGCUGGACUUCCGCAGGAAGGUGAAUAAGUGCUACAGAGGCCGGUCCUGCCCCAUCAUCGUGCACUGCAGUGACGGGACAGGCCGCACUGGGACUUACAUCCUGAUUGACAUGGUUCUCAAUCGUAUGGCUAAAGGUGUGAAAGAGAUCGACAUCGCUGCAACACUGGAGCACGUCCGAGACCAGAGGCCUGGGAUGGUCCGCACCAAGGACCAGUUUGAGUUUGCCCUGACAGCCGUCGCAGAGGAGGUGAACGCCAUCCUCAAAGCUCUGCCCCAGUGAAGCCUCCUGCCUGCACUCUCACCCCCCCCUCCUCUCGAUGAUGAUGAUGAUGCUGUGCUUCUCUAUCUGCCCACCGGGUGAUUCCUUGAUUCAAAAAAAUAACAAAAACAACGUACUAUGACUUUAAGGUUCGGGAGGAUUUACAGGCAUGCAUCGGAUGUUUAAGUGUUUGUGGCACAGAUAUGUUGCGUUCAGGGACCUUCAGAGUGUUGCAUUCACAUUCCCUCUGAAGUUCUGGUUCAGUUUGGUUCAUCGUCUGUGCUAUUACCACGUGCAUGGCAUUUCUUUCUUCACAAACUCGGCUACAAUCCGACUCAUUUUGUUAAAUUAACAAAGUGUGAAACUGCCAGGAACCCAAAUUACAAGAAAAUGAUCACUCAGAAUAUUAAGGUUGUAAAACAUAUUCCUUACUUUUAAACAGAUGCAGCGUUGUAUCUACAGGAUAUAUAAAUAAAGUUAUACUAUAAAUUCACCGAUGAACAGACCUCCAGGGGGUUUUUAAAACUACCCCCCUGAAUGAGCCACAGACUUAAACGUCAGAACUCCAGCCUGAAGAUGUAAAUGAAGCCAGAUCGAAGCAGAAACUUGUUUUUCCUCUUAUGUUUUUGAAGUUUGUUGAACGUGUGCUGCUGUUGGGUCAUCGUGUUUGGUUCUGGUCUCUGUCAGGAGGUGAAAAAGAUAAAUUAGAUCAGCUUUAAAGAUGCUGGCUGUGUUUCCCUUCUGCGUCUGUAGCAUCCCUUCUCUACACGUGACACACACCUGCAGAACAUACAAACAUAGCGUUCUUCUCUUCAUGUGACAUUCAGAUCAUUUUAAGUCACUGGAUAUAUUGUUGUGUAAAUCAUGCAAGUCAGAAAAUAAACAAAAAAAACAAAUGCUAUUUUGUAGUGAGAACUUAAAUAAAUCUUUGUGUUCAAGUGCUGCAA